GCUCAUAGCAUAGGUUGGAGAAGAGAAGAGAAGAGUCUCUCUUCACUUUCUGAGCUGAGCUUGAAACGAAAUUUCAAUGGCGGUUUCUUCAGUAUCUGCAACCUUAAUCCCUUCUCUUUCUCUCUCCAAUUCUUCCCCAUCGUCUUCUUGUUAUAAGCCAAAGCUUUCUCCUUUCUCUUUGCACUUUGCAAAUUGCUCCGCUAAGCUCAGAACUGUAAAACCUUCACAGUCCUCGACUAGGGUUUAUGCUGCUCCUGAAGUGUUGGAGCCCCCUCCAGAAACUUUAGAUGAGUCUGGCUCUGAGACCCUCGAGGUUGGAGGUUCUGAGAUUCCCAGUACUUCGUCAAUCAGCAUUGGUGCUGAUGCUGACAAGGCUGCGCCAAAGCAAAAAAUUAGGAUUAAACUUAGGUCUUAUUGGGUGCCUUUGAUAGAGGACUCUUGCAAGCAGAUAAUGGAUGCUGCAAGAAAUUCAAAUGCAAAAACUGUGGGUCCUGUGCCCUUACCAACCAAAAAGCGGAUCUACUGUGUUCUAAAAUCCCCUCACGUUCACAAGGAUGCAAGAUUCCAUUUUGAAAUACGUACUCAUCAGCGCCUCAUUGAUAUUCUUUACCCAACUGCACAAACAAUAGAUUCUUUGAUGCAACUUGAUCUUCCUGCUGGGGUUGAUGUCGAGGUCAAGCUAUGAUGAAUCAGAGCUACUGGCUAGUGUUAGGUGCUGGAAGUCUUCUCGAAACAUGGAGAACGGUUUAUUUUGUCGAGGGGUGACCGCAAGAACAAGUUUGUACAAACCAGUUCUACUUUCUCAGAAAUCUCUCUGCUUUUUGAUGUCUUUGUAGGCAACAUUUGUAUGUGAACACGACACUGCCUGUUAAUCGAGGAAAUGUCAUAAAGAGUAUGUCAGCAGUAGUUUAUGUAUGCUUGUAUUUCUGUUAAUUUUCUUUGUGAUGAAUAUGACAACAUAUCAUAACAUGUUUUGAUUAUAUCAAUGUCUUAACAUGCAAUGUUAUACAAAUUCGUAGAGACCUUAUUCAGUUCAAUUGAAUUUUAUUUGUUUCAUCA